AUGGCAGAUCCAUCGAAAUCUACAGAAAAAAUACAGGAUGAUCCAUCCGAUAAUAAUACAGAAACUAAUAGCCAAUCACAGGGUGAUGCAGAAACAUACAGUCUGAAGACCACAAAUAUGGAAACUGAACGUGUCAUCCGUAAUCAAGCUGGGGAUGUUGUCAUUGAACCAUUUUCUGCCAAAGGUACUUACAGAGUACCAUUGAUGGGUAGUAAAUGCACGAAAUAUGCAGAAACGGGAUUAAAUGUGGAGUUAUUGAGAAGAGGUGAACGUGAAAUUAUGAAUUAUCAAUGCAAUCUUAACGGACAUCUUAAUGAAGAGACCUAUGAAUUAAUCAGAACGAAUGAUUUAUCUCCAGACACAAUUGCUGCAUUGAAUCCUAAAUUAACGAGAUUAGCAGCUGAACCAAAAUUCAUUUUUUUGAAAAGAAGAUACUACUUAGAUUAUAAUGGUUUGAUUCAUGACCAUUUAAGAAAUGAUAGAGUUGUUUGUGAGCCUGUUUUUGUCUUUGAUAUGAUUAUGGGAUGCCAUUUUAUGAAUGAUCAUGGUACAUAUAAUGGUGUAUUCCAAAGUUUAGCUGAUUUUUACUCUAACAUUACAAGAGACUUAGUAAAUAAAGCGAUACAGUAUUGUUCUGUAUGUAAUCCUGAGGAAAAAAUACAAAGAUUGGAAAAGUUUAAACAUAGAAAUAUUUACAAGACUUUAAUGCCAUUAGAAAGAAUCCAUAUUGAACUUGUAGAACCAUUUAAAGAUCAAAAAAUAGAAGGAAAAUAUAGUCAUAUUAUGUACGCCAGAGAUUACCACUCAAGAUUUGUAUGGGCAUACCCAGUGAAAGGUUUAAAAUUUAAUAAGAUUGUAUCUGUGAUGAGUGGAUUUUUAUUAUCGUUGAUGAGACAACCUAUAUUUAUUGAGACUACUUCUAUACCAGAAACUGAUAUGUUUGAUAUUUGUGAAAAGAUUGCUACAAAGUAUCAAAUGAAGAUUGGUUUAGGAACAAAAAGAAUGAAGGGUUUCCAUUCUGCAGGUGUAAGACAAUUUAAACGUAGAUUGAAUUUCCAUGAGGAAGAAUGUUUAAAAGAUUGGAAUAUGUGCUUGAAAUAUGGUGUGAUGGAACAUAAUAGAUCGUUUAGUGAUCGAGCUGGCGCUACUCCAAGUAAUAUCUUAUGUAGUGAAAUUCAUGAUAUUGGUCAAAAAUUUAAGGAUAAAGUGGACCAAAUUCUUGAAGAUUCAGAGUCUCAGUCUGUGGUGAAGGCAGGUGAAGGUCUUAUUUAUAUUGAAGUUUCGGAUGAAAAAUUGUUAGAUAUGGAAGAAAGUGAAGAUGAAGGACAACAAGAGGAUGAACCUACCGAGAUGGAACAAGAUCCAGAGACAUUAACUGGGAUGAUACCAAUUAACCCCCCGGAAGAGACAAAUGAACAUGAGAAUGACAAUACAAGUGGUGAUACUACUAUGGUACCAACACCUGUUCCAAAUCAUAAACGUACUAGUACACAAAAUAGUGUAAUAUCACAGAGGAAACGAUCCAAGAAAAAUGAUAUCAAAUCAGAAGGGAUAUCAAUGGAAAUAUGA